AUGACCCUCUCCUCCACGAGCAACGAAACGUCGUUGCAAGACAGCACCGCCGCCGCCGACGCCGCGCGGACCGCAAAAGUCCACGCCCUAACACAGAACCUCCUCUCCAAAUCGCCCAUCUACGGCCUCAUCCUCGCCGACAUCCAACUCGCCGCCGUCGCCGCCGGCACCGUCACGCUCCGGCUCACCCUCUCGGCCACGCACCUCAACAGCAAGGGCGGCCUCCACGGCGCCGUCAGCGCCACCGUGGUUGACUUCGCCACCGGGCUGGCCAUCUGCGCGCACGACCUGCGCGAGAGGACGGGCGCCUCGGUCGACAUGCACCUCACGUUCCUGUCGACCGCCGCCGCCGGCGACACGGUGCUCAUCCGCAGCACUGCCGAGCGCGUAGGCGGCAGUCUGGCCUUUGUCAGCGUCGCCAUCAACAAGCUGGGCGAGGACGGCUCCGAGACCCCCGUCACUCGGGCCCGGCAUACCAAAUACGUUCGUGGGACAAAGGAGCCGUAG